AUGACUCAAAAAAUGUUCGUGGACACUUCAGUGCCAGUGGACAGUCACGGACCCACUUCAGGUGAAUCACAGGACAUGUCUCAUAUUUUAGCUAGCAUUUUUAAAGACGUGUACACAAACGACAUCAUUGGGAAAGACACAGUGUCCAACGUUAUAAAGGCAAAGGCAGGACAAAGCAGCUACCAUGAAAAAUAUGUUGAAGAGCUUCAGGAGGCUCAUUCUGACUAUCAGCUGUGUAUACAAGAAGCUGACAUGUUGGAGAAUCAUAUCAUUCAGGCCAGAGCUCAGGCUACAGCUAAAGAAAGAUGGGCCUUUGAGAAGAUCAGGGAGAAGAUAGGAGAUUUCUCUGAUUACCAGGAUGCUUUUACAGUCCAAUCAGCGUUCUCCUGGUGUGUUGAUGAUGAUCUUCUCCGACGAAACAACCUGAUAUCACCGAAGGAUUACUUAACUAUACAAAACCCACAAGCACCGGCUGCUGUUAAAUCCAGUCAUUCAAAUCUCACAACCUGGGUGCUCCAGGAUGAUGAGUUUCCACUGAUUCCAAAGAAGACUGUGUUAGAAAUGAAUAAACUAGAUGAUAGCCAUCUUCAUACAACAAAGGGAACCCUCAAAGGGAAGCCAAACAAAAUCAAAUCCAGACCCAAGUUGAUGGAUGAGCUGAGCAAAAAGAAUCAAGAAGAAGGGAUGGAGGAACUGCAGAAGUUUAAAGAUCGACACAGCUUCCUACGUAAUCCACGCUUCCUUCCCCCGACUGAACAUCAGGGUGGAACAUCCCUCAUUCGUGCAAAAGUAAUGAAAAAGUGUGCGAGGAAAGGCUCUGAGGAUCAAAGCUCUACUGAUGAUCCUGCCCCAGUCUUCCAAGCAAAGCCCUCAGUGAUUACUUUUACGGACUACACUGUGGGACAUGUCUAUGAGUCUACACUGGAGCUGACAAACGUGACUUCCACAAGCCGUCAUGUCAGAGUCAUGCCUCCUACGACUCCGUACUUCUCAAUUGGUCUGGGGAGAUUUCCUGGUGAAGGGGGUAUUGUUGCCCCGGGGAUGAGUUGCAAGUACACGUUGCAUUUCACUCCAGACUCUUCGGGGAACUACAAAGAUUUUGUCGAGGUGAAGACCCAAGCUGAGGAACUGCUUGUAGUGCCCAUUGAGGCAUGGAGACCCCCUCCAAUACUUACCCUUCCAAGAGUUUUGGACUGUGGCAGCUGUCUGGUUGGAGGAGUGAAGUUUGUUGAGUUUCAGUGCCAAAAUGUCGGACUCAACUCUGAGACGUUUUACAUCGCCUCGAAGGACCAGCGGCCAGACACAAAUCUUAGGUCUGUAUCCAGGGUUUCUGAGCAGCCACCCUUUUCAGUGAGGCCCUCCCUGUUUGUGCUGAAGCCAGGAGAGGCCACAGUUGUGGAAGUGGGAUUUUUUCCAACCGCUGCAGAGAAGAGCCGUCAGAUUUUUACUGUCGUCUGUAGAAACUGCCAGGUCAAAGACAUUUCCAUAGAGGGUGAAGGCCACUUUGCUAAACUUGAGCUUGUGUCUGUUUCUGGGGAGACCAAGCCAUUAGAGGUCGGAGAGGUUCAUGACCUCACCGCGGAGCACUUUGUCCGUUUCAGCUCAUGCAACCCUCACUCUGUUCAGCAAAAAACACUUGUCACCAGAAACAAAACCCACAUGGAGCUGCCUUUCUACUGGAAAAUCAUGAAGCCCAAUCUGCAUCCCCUUCUUCCAGGACAACCUCCUGAAUCCUCAAAUAUCCAUUUCCACCGAGCCACAAAUGACGUUUUCCACAUCAGCCCCACAUCAGGCGUCCUGGCUCCCUGUCAGGUCCAAGAAUUUCUCUUAACCUUCUGUCCAAAAGAGUUGGAGGAUUAUCACAGUGUCUGUCACUUGGUCCUGGUAGAUGUCCCCCAGCUGCUACCAGAGCCCAGUGAGAGCAGUGUUCUUCAGCUUAUACAGACUGCCAGUAACUACGAGGUGAGAGAUGUGGUCAGCAUGGAGAUAGAGGUCAAAGGGUCAACAGAGCCCUACCAGAUCCUUCUGGAGCCCUAUGCUGUUGUUGUCCCUGGAGAAGUUCUGAUGUGCACGCCCAUUCACAAGCAGUUUAAGAUGUGGAACCAUAGUAAAACUUUCAUCUUGUUUCAAUGGGAGAAGUUGGAAAACAGCUGCCACAUCAUAGAAGUAGAGCCAUCUGCUGGUCAAAUAGAAGAGAAUGAGUGUUUUGAUUUUGAUCUUACUUUGACCGGAGGGAAACCAGAAAAGGUUGAGGCCAUGCUGGUUUGCAACAUCCAGCAUCACAAUGAACCGGUUAUUUUGGCCGUACAUGUCUCGUUCAAAGGUCCAACAGUGACACUCAAUGUUCCCAGUGUGGACUUUGGUCUCGUGAGGCUUGGGGAGCAGACUCAGACCACUGUGCUUCUCACCAAUACUACCAAUCUGGAGUCCUCCUGGUUGCUGGAGGAGAAACUUCAUGAACUGCAGGAUCAACAAGACACACAGAUCUUAGUGGAGCCAUGCAAAGGUGUGCUGCCACCAAUGGCUUCUUGCAAUGUAGAAAUUGUGUUUAGGCCACGUUUCUGCCAGCAGUUUGAAACAGAACUGAAGCUGAUAGUGAAGGAUGGAACAGGAUGUCAUGUGUGGGUGCGAGCAGAUGUGCAGUCUCCUCAAGUCUGCCUCUUAAACUCCAAGUUGGUCCUCUCUGAAUUUUACAUCGGAGUUCCCACGAAAGGCAUUGUGACUCUUUUCAAUCAGACUCUGCUGCCGUCACGCUUCAGCUGGAUGGCUGAGCUUCAGGGUAAACAGGCUCCACUGUGUGCAGCCAGCUUUGAUCCGUCCUCUGGUACUCUGGGGCCCAAUGAAAGCACAGAGAUCACAGUCACCUUUACUUCUCACACAGAUUUGGCGCUAACGGAGGUGGCUGCUGUCUGUGACGUUCAGGGAAUGAACAUACCUCUCAUUCUGGCCAUUUUCACAUUCCAACCUAAGAAACUCUGUGUGUCCUACUCGCUGCCUGGUGACCGUUCCCUGCAGCAUGACUGCAACCCUUCAUCACUGCUGCUUGACUUUGGAGAUGUAACUUUAAAGAGAGCUGUGACCAAACCGCUUCUAAUAACCAAUCAGACUGCUAUCCCUGCUCCUUUUUCCAUAGAGGCAGAAUACUUCACCUGCCGUAUCCUAAUGCCAAAUAAGUCAGAGAAAAGAUUACAUUCUAAUCACAGAUAUAUCAAGAAGCCACUUCAUGCCUUACAAGCAAACAAAGUAGAAGCAAAAGCCCACAAAGAGUUUGAGAGCAAACUCCUGGCUGAUGGAAAAGGUGCAGCUUUUCACGUCCUGCCGGAUUCAGGGGUGCUGAGACCCUUUGAGACCCAUACUGUGGAUGUGACCGCCUAUAACGACAUGUGGGGAGAAUACAGAGAUUGCCUUAUAUGCAAGGUUGGGGAUCUCAAACCCGUUCGUAUUUUGAUGAAGAUGACAGUGAAAGGGUGUCCUCUUUACUUCCGAAUGACAGGUCCACGAGAAGAUGACCAGUUUCAGGGACCAAACAUACAUUUUGGCACUCACGUGUCUGGAGGGGAAACAGUUUCUCGACUUCUUCGUGUCAACAAUCCAACCAUGUUCGACAUUCGUGUAGACUGGGAGACCUACAACUUAGAUCAGAACGACCAUAAAUUGGUGGAUGUUUUGGUGUCGUACGGAGAACACUUCCCACUGAAAGAUGCUGACGGCAAUGAGGUAUUUAGUGAAGCGCUGAGGCUUUUCAGCAAAACACAAUGGGAGCAAACUCACACACCUGUAUCUGAUGGACCAAGCUCUUGCCAUCAAAGUGAGACUCACAAAGAGGAAUUUGCAACUGUGGAUGAACGUAAAGAGAAGGAGACAACUCUUUGUCUUUCUCCUGCAAAGAAAAAUCUCAUCUCUGUCCACAUCAGACCUCACCGUGGCAACCUUUCAGAUUACCCCUAUUGUAUCACACCACGGCAAAUGGUGAUUCCAGCAAAGAGCAGCGGAAAUGUCCAUGUAUCGUUCACUCCUUUGACUCUCUCUGCAUCUGAUGGUAAUGCUAAAUGUGCAGGCUUGGCGCUGGGAUUCAUGAGCCUAGACUCUGAGAUUGCUGUUUGUGUCCCAGGUAAAGUCAGAAGGGAACAGUGUUUGGAUUUAGAGCCCGUCAGAGUGGAUCUACAAGCAACCGUUCAGCCUGCUGUGCUGUUGGUGCAGAUGGAUGAGGAUGAAGGGGUGCUGGAGUUUAAUGCGUUAGCCGGUGAUUUACUGAGAGUUAAAUCAGACAAGAAGCUGGAGGCUCAUAGUUUUGAUGUUGCACAGACGUUUCAGCUAAUAAACACAGCUGAGACGCCUUUGUACUUCAAACUGGGGACUCGGCUUCCGUUUUCUGUUGUUAAGCCUCAGACUGGUGACGGUCUGGUGCUUCAGCCGCAACACGGCAUGCAGGUGACGCUGGUUUUCCACUGUUCUCUACCUCUUCUGGACCACCAGACAGAGGAGGGCGUCUCUCCUGGAGUAAGGCUGAUCCAUACUGAGAGCGGUCAGAAGAAGCUGAGGUUCCAGCAGAACCUCCUGAUCCACUUCAGCAACAACAGCCUGCAGACAGUGCCUCUAUGUGCCUACCUGGAGGUGCCCACUCUGAGUCUCUCUACUGACUCCCUCAGCUUUGGGUUUUGUUGCACAGGGCAAACACAAACCAGAGAAAUAAACCUCUACAGCCAUGGGGCCCACACCUACUGGAAAACACUGACUAAGUCAAAUGAAAAAGACCCUCGUGUGUUUAGCGUUACACCGGACUUUGGGCUGCUCAGGUCCAAACAGCCUCACGGGACCACCUGUAGCCAAUGUCUGCAGAUCAGCUUCACUCCCAGUGAAAACAGAGAGUUCAGUGCUGUGGUGGUUUUCCAGUCUCCUCUGGUGAAGACGCCCCUCACCCUGCAGCUCCAGGGAACAGGAUACUUUGACGAGGCACAAAACACAUCACUGUGA